UGAGAAACGAUUAUAAUAAACGUAAAACAAGGUUUUCGUAAAAAAUCAAAAUCUACAUUGAAAAUUUCGAAAUGAAAAAACUCGGAAAACUAUCUAGGUCAAAAACCUCAAAGACAAGUCAGUCAAAAUUAGCCAAUAAAAAACAUAAUCGAUUAGCAAAACAAGGAAAAUUGAAGAAAAGAAAAAAGAAGGAUAAAGAUCAACAAAACCAGAAUGAAGAAAAAUUACAGCAUAAAGAUUCAGGAAAAUUACAAAGUCAAGUAGAAAAUGGUAGUGAAGAAGAGGACCAGUUAAAUCCAGAGGAUGUAGAAUUUUAUGGCACUCCAGGACAAACCAGUUUUGUCAGUGCUGCACAGAAAAGAUUUUCAAAUGGAGAGAAAAUUGCUUCUAAAAGAAAAAGAACAUAUUCAGAAUCUGGAGAGAUUUAUGAGCAAGAGCCAAGAAAAUUAUUUGCUGGAGAAAGUCGGAAGAAUAUGAAAGAUUUGCUACCAAUUAAGACAAAGAAAGGAAUUAUUCCUCAGAUGAUCGAAGAACCAAAUGGUGAAACAAGUUCAGACAUUAUAGAAAGAGAUACCAUUAUCAACCAAGAACCAAAACCCUUGCCACAAUUAUCUAAUAUUCAGCUGCUUAUACAAAGAAAACAUAACCUAAAAGAAAGGAAAAAGAAGAUUGCUUUACUUGCAAGUGAUGUGAUAGAAAACCCUGAGGAAAAUAUGAAGAAAUUACGAGAGUUAAGAUUGAUGUUAGAAGAAUGUGAAUCAGAUGCCUAUAUAACAGUAAAAAAACUUGUGAUGCUAUCACUGAUGGAGAUAUUCAAAGAUAUCAUACCUGGAUAUAGAAUACGUCUUCUGACAGAAAAAGAAAAAGAACAGAAGAUGAAAAAGGAGACAAAAGCACUACAAGAUUUUGAACAAGGAUUGCUAAUGAAUUACAAAGGUUAUCUAGAAGUUUUAGAAAAAUAUUGUACAGGAAAGAUUAAUGAGCAAAGUAAUAGACAGAGGAGAAAUGGUGUUAAGCAUAUACAUAUACCAGAAGAUGCUUCUCAUGUCAUAGCUGAAUUAGCUGUUAGAUGUAUGUGUGAAAUGUUGUCAAAUCAUCCACAUUUCAAUUAUCGUAAUAAUAUCAUAGCAGUUUUAGUGCCAUUGAUGAAUAAACACAACACAGAGGUAUCAGACAUGGUAUGUCAGACAAGCUCUAAAGUUUUCAGAGAAGAUAAAUCAGGAGAAGUUUCCCUAGAGAUUGUCAGAUUAAUAAAUAAAAUGGUGAAAGCAAGAGACUUUAGAGUUCAAAGGAAGGUUCUGGACACAUUCUUAGCUCUGAAGAUUAAGGAGAUAGAUACAUCAGAAGAUUUGGAUGAGAACAAGAAAAAGAAAAGAGAGUUCAUGUCAAGAAGAGAGAGAAAGAAAAGAAAAAAGAUGGCCAAUUUAGAACAUGAACUCUUAGAAACAAAAGCAACAGAAGAUAAGAAGAAAAAGGUGAAACUUCAUACAGAAAUCAUAGGAGCAGUGUUCCUGAUUUACUUUAAAGUUUUGAAAGGAUACAGAAAGUCUACAUUGCUUCCAUCAGUCCUUGAAGGUUUAGCUAAGUUUUCACACUUAAUAAACAUAGAUUUCUUUGAUGAUCUGUAUAAAGUUUUCAAUGAAUUGAUAGAAUCAGAGGAUCUGACCUACAGAGAAUCUUUACAUGUGAUACUGACAGCUUUUACCAUCCUCAGUGGACAAGGCAGUGCUCUCAACAUUGACCCACUCAAGUUCUACACACAUAUGUACAACACACUCUUACAUGUACAUGCAGGAUGUUCCAGUGAUGAUUUGCCAUUAGUGAUUGAUUGUAUUGAUUGUAUGAUGAACAGACGUAAAAGAUUGAUUUCACAACAAAGAAUUCUGUCUUACACAAAGAGAUUAGCAACUCUUUCAUUGCAACAGAUGCCAAAUGGAACCAUAGCUUUCCUUGGAUUAAUACGUAAUUUUAUGUUGACAUACAAAUACUUGGACUUUUUAUUUGAUAAUGACAGCCAAGGAAGUGGUAUAUACUUACCAGAAUUACCAGAACCAGAACACUGUCAUGCUCAUAAUACUAUGUUAUGGGAACUUUCUUCUUUAAAGAGUCAUUAUCAUCCAGCCAUAAAGAAAUAUGCAGUACAUUUAGGUAAAAUGGCUCCUGUGUCUGGAGAAGGACAGUUACCGUUACAAUAUAAAAAACCUCCACGUGAUUUAUAUGAUGAGUUUUCAACAGAAAUAGAUGUAUUUAAUCCACCUGUUGCAGAAAAAUCAACUUUUAAACACAAAAGUAAAAAGAUGAAGAUGUUCAUGCAGGAAGAUAUAAGUGAUAUGGUGGUGCAAGUUCUUAGUUCAAUACCAGACUGACACUGUAGCAAAUAAAAAAUACACAACUCUA